AUGCAAUUCUCGACGCCGCACAACCAAGAAAUGAUCUCGAGAAGAUCAAGACGAAAACUUGCCAUCCGCAUCAUCGGGUCCAUCGAAAAAGCAUCCAAGUACAGCUUUGAGUUCCACUCCAGUCUAUUCAACGUGUUGGAUGCUGCGCACUGGACUCUUGGAGAGUUCCUCUAUUACACCUUUCGGACAAAAGACGAGCACGGAGUCAACAUACACUGCACGAUCCAACAUUCUAAGUACUCGCAACACUUUCUCCAGGGAACAUCAAAGCACACUCCAGCCACCAUUCUCGAAGCGUGGUUUUGGAGCCUGGACGGUCGCAUUUCAGAAGGUUCGCCCGACCUGGACCUGAUGUACUCCAUCGACACACCUUAUACCGAGAUCAAACCUGUUCGGGCUGCGUUGACCUCGUUUGCCGCACAGCUUAUCGAGAAGAAGUUGGUUAGGGAGGCCAAGGAAGCGGUGAAGGUAGCCGAUGUAAUACAGAAGCACCAGCCAUUGACAUGGAAUUAUAUGAUGAAUAUUGCAAUGCCAGAGUCUCGAGGUCAGCACGGUGCAGAUAAGACUGUCGGAACGCGUCGUCCGACAAGUGUUGUAUGUACACACGCUAUCUCGACACUGAACUUCGCACGUAACAAUGAGGCUCGAUUGUUGCCUCUCGCGCGUGGUCUCCUCUACUUCGCGUCCUCUGCACCAGUCAACCUCUUUGCUUACGGCAGCCGGAUUGGAGAAAUGCCAGCGUAUAGCACCAUAUCCAAUACUCUUCAAGGGCUUUCAGAUCAGGAAGCUGCAAUAACCACCUCGCACGGUCGUGACCCUACAAAGUUUGGGGUCUUACAGUUUGACAACGUGCAAAACUAUCUCCGUCAACGCGAUCCUCGCAUUGGACGCGAAAAUAAAAUGAACAUCGGCAUUGCAGCAACUUACAUUGAGCUUGAGGACAUGGAUCCCAAAGCCUUCGAUCUCGAUGACAAGCUUAAACGCCUUGCGGAAAACAAGCGCGCAAAACUCACGGUCAAUCAGCUCAUCGACAUGAUAGAUCAGCCACAUCUCGACGUCGUUUCCUCCCUACAUUGGCUCCGGGCACUCACUAAUUACAUUCCCGAGCUAGCGAAAUGGAAGACUCAUGUAUCUAUGCUUUUCCGGACACGUGCUUCACGGCUUAGGCUUCCUGCCCGAGCAUCUAAAGUCCACCCCCUUGCAUCAAGUGGAAAAAACGAGACGGUCACCACAGACUUGAAGGACGCGUUGAUUGAUUUCUUUUCACAGAUAGGUCAGAAGCAUGGGGAUUACCUUCGUCGGCUGCUUCUUGUUGGAGGGGAUGGGUUGACUUACGAGAAGAUGAUACAGCUUCAAGUUUAUCUUCAGAUGCAUGAUGACGACUUGGAGAGUUUCCGGCUGCUGCAGCCGAUUCUAGCGGAUUGGCAUGCAGAAUGGACAGAUCUCAGUCGAACUUACGAGGCCCACUGGGAUUCACUUCUUAGCAUUGACCCCUCGUCUCUGGGUCACAGUGCCGGGCAGCUUGGUAGAACUGCACCGUCGAACCUGAAAAAAGUUGACUACUUUCCUUCGGCUGAAUUCCUUUACCUUGUUCUCGAUAUGCGGAUGCUCGAUUGUUGGAGGCUUCAUUUUGGUUGCGAUAAUAUCUUUCAGCAUUUUAAAUCCCUGUCGGACUCAAAUAAAAUCCCAGACAUUGAGAUUCUGGAAGCCACUGCACUCAAACUUCACCGAACGUUCUCCUGCACACGGGCACAUUAUCGCGCACUGAACGACAUCUCAGGGACAAGUGAGUGGUCAAGAUUGGUGCCUCUCGGGACACCAUGGGUAGCACCUGUAGUUGAUAAAAGCAGUCUCGUUGGUGUUCCCAAUCUGCCGAACUCGACACCUGCACAUUCCUCAAGCAAAACGAAAUCCGCAUCUACCUCGAAAAAAGCGAAGAAGGCCAAGGAGGAUGCUGAGAGGCUAAAAUCAUUUCGGGGUGAUCGUGUCCUCGCUAACUCAAUUUGUUUCAUGCGCGACGCGUUGAUUUCUCGUGAAAUGUCCCAAGCCGUUGCAGAAGGUGAUGUGGGACGUGUUUGGGAAGUCAUGAAAGUCAUGCUUUUUACCUUCGCGGGAUCCAGUCACUCGAAAUACACCAAUUAUCUUUUAGAGAUGGUUUGCAGUCUCGAGUUGGAAUCCAGUCCUGAACUCCGUGGGGUCAUUUUGCGCGGCACUCUCGUUAAUCUUACUGGAAAGGAGGGCGGAUUUUCGGCUGCUGAUUUUCUGCAGGAGUUUUUCAAUCGCUUGCUCGAGGCUAUCGUCGAAAAAAAAGGGGUCGAGUAUGGAGCUAAAUUUAUUCGGCAGAAAAUUUCCCGCAACUUACACCAUUUUGCUCGCAUAAAGCUCGAUUUACGCCAAGCAGUUGGGCUUGCCAAACAUGGUGGCCAGCACAAGGCCCCUCACCUGAAACCUGAGGUUGUGACACUUCUCAAUAUUUAUCGGGAAACUGAACUUCACAGUCGUCGUCCUGGACGAAUUUAUGGAGCUCGUGAUACAACUAGAGCUCGAAAUCAUAACACAUCUUCCAGUCUGCUCCACGGAGACUCUCCAACACUUGCGGCUCCUCAAGAGGACAGUGAAAACAUUUCCGACGUGGAUGACGAAUCUGAUGGAGAUACUGCAACGUUUGGUUACAUGGAGGUUGAUGAGGGAGAGUUAGUGUUCCGAAACAUUGACGAAUUUAUAGAUGAUUUAGAUAUGUGGUGUGGUGAAGAACCAGAGCAUGAUGGGAUUGACGGGAUUGACAGGGAUGAGGCGAUGGAUGUGGCAGCUGAAGAGAAUAUAUUUUAG